GCCCCCAUGCGCGAUCGCGCCGUCGACGCCAUGGUCGAAGCAGCCAAGGCUUGCGCCCCUGGAUGCAGUAGCAGUAAAGCGGACGCGGUCAAGGCCAUUCGCGUGUGCCUAGAUAUCUUGGAACUCAUGAAACUGGAUAUUGCAAACCCCAAUUAUAAACCCUCCGCCCUUUCCUCAUAGAAACCGCGGGCCAGUAUGAGCUCAAGGCCUUCAAUGACCGAAAGGGGGCAGGUGCCUCACUAGACCUCACCCGGAAAUGGAUACAAACAGUACCCCACCACCUCAUGUCCUCCCAUACCAUUCCCCAUCCGUCUCUUCCUUCCAGCUCCAUAAUUUAUCGUCAACUUCCCCAAACGCAACAAAUUUAUCUGAGCGUGCUGAAGGCUCUCACGGACCUCGUUUUUGAUCCACCUUGCGGCCCAUCUCACGCUUCAUCCCUACCACGCGUGACGAAAUCUAACAUACCAUAUCUCCCUUUAUACCCCGAAACAACUUACCUUGACGGCGCUCGUCUUCUCGCUCUCUCUGGAGAAGCUGCGGACGCCACUGCUAUCUAUAUGUUCCUUCUUCUAUUCCGCCAACUCGUGUUCUCAGACCCUUGCGAUCCAACCUUUAAAGUCAGCGAACCCCAACUCGCAUCGCUCAAGAAGGAAAUAAGAGACAUCUCUUCCUCCCAUCUCGGCCAUUGUUUUAAUCAAGGGUUCGACCCUGACAACGAGAAAUGGGCCAAGAUCAGACAGGACAUCGUUUUGCAGAUUGCCAUGCGCGCAAAAGAGGCUCGAACGUCCACACGGCUUGAUGGGGUAUCGCAGUCCCUAGCUUCCGCACCAGAGGAGCGCAUGCUCAAACUAGCCGAACGUUGGUCAGACCCGAACAUGCGUCCAAACUCGCCGCUGAGCAAAAUGCUGCACAAUAGGAUCCGCGACGUCGUUUUAAAUCAGGUCGUCGCUCUCACUUUUCCAUCUCGAGACUCGGUCAUGAGCCUCGGCAAGUCUUUCGAUACGCUUACGCCUCCGCCUUCUACGUUGGCGUCGGGUAUGGAGCCUCUUACUGAUGAGAUCCGGUUGCUAUCAGAGCGACUGUCGCGGUUGGCGCAUGUCCAUCUAGGCGUGUAUCUUCCCUUGUACGAGCAGGAAGAUUUUUCGUCUUCGAUCUUUUCGAAUGCAUAGCUGAUUCGAUUUGUUGUUGCAUUUGGACUUUUUUGACUUUCAUACAUGAACCCCGACGAAGCUGAUGAAAACAAGCAGUUGUCAUAUUACCUUUACAAUAGCAUACCCCCGUUCGCGUUUAUGCCAGGGUAAUCGAGGAUUGACAAUGACAUGUACUUUUUGAUUUGAUUCGAUUGGAUGUUAGACGACUUUCCUGCGUUUUUGGGGAUUGGGAUUGCUUUC